AUGGACAAGAAAAUUAUGAAGUUUGAGGAAGAUAUUAAGAAGAUAGAUGACAUGGUGGGCAAUGGGGAUUAUGAUGGAAUAGUGGAAGCAAGAAGGCGGGCGCUAGUUGUAUGCUAUGAGAAAUGGUAUGUGAGAAAAGAACUACAUUGGAAUCAGAUGUCGAGAUCUAGGCAUGCGAGGAACAUGGAUAAAAACACGAGAUACUUUCACAACUUAGCUUCUGCGAGAAGGGAAAAUAAUAGGAUCGAUGCUCUUAUUAUUAAUGGAAGAUUAAUAAGAAAUCAAGUUAGGAUUAAGAUUGCUGUUAUAGAAUUUUAUAAGAAUUUAUAUCAUCAACAGAAGUCUCCUAUGGUAGGUUUCAGAGAUGGUCUAGUGGAAAUGAUCAGUAAGGAGGAUGCUUUCACUUUAGAGUUGCUACCGACACCUGGAGAGGUUAGAGUGGCCGUUUGGGAUUGUGAUUCAUUCAAGGCUCCAAGUAGUGAUGGCUACAACAUGAACUUUAUUAAAAUGUGUUAG